AUGGGGUCAAUAUUGAGAAUGGAGAAAGGCAAACCCCACGCGGUGUGCAUACCGUACCCUGCCCAGGGCCACAUCAACCCCAUGCUCAAGCUGGCCAAGCUCCUCCACCACGCCGGCUUUCACAUCACCUUCGUCAACACCGACUACAACCGCCGCCGCCUCCUCAAGUCCCGCGGGCCCCACGCCCUCGACGGCCUCCCCGACUUCCGUUUCGCCUCCAUCCCCGACGGCCUGCCGCCUUCCGACGCCGAUGCCACCCAGGACAUCCCCUCCCUCUGCGUCUCCACCACCACCACGUGCCUCGAGCCCCUCUGCGACCUCCUGGCGGGGCUCAACGCCUCCGGGGGGCCGCCGGUGACGUGCAUCGUCGGAGACGGGGUGAUGAGCUUCACGCUGAAGGCUGCGGAGAGGUUCGGGCUGCCGGAGGUUCUCUUCUGGACCACCAGCGCCUGCGGGCUGCUUGCGUAUAUUCAGUACAGCCGCCUCGUGGACAGAGGCUACACCCCGCUCAAAGAUAUGAGCCAAGUAACCGAUGGCUAUCUCGAUCAAACCAUCGAUUGGGUACCCGGCAUGAAAGACAUCAAACUAAGAGACUUCCCGUCCUUUAUCCGAACCACGGACCCAAAUGACAUCAUGCUCAACUUCCUUAUCCAAGAAACUGGUGCCAUCCCAAGAGCUAAAGCCCUUAUCCUUAACACGUUCGAUGCAUUAGAGAAAGACGUUCUGGAGACUCUCUCCUCCAUGUACCCGUGUGUCCUCCCAAUCGGACCCCUCCACCUCAUGACCAACCACAUUAAUGACAAACGACUCGACUCCAUGAAAUCGAGCCUGUGGAAGGAGGACUCGGACUGUAUCCAGUGGCUCGAUACGAAAGAGCCUAAAUCGGUCGUGUACGUCAACUUUGGGAGCAUCACUGUCGUGACGGCUCAACAACUGACAGAAUUUGCGUGGGGCCUUGCGAAUAGCAAGUACCACUUUCUAUGGAUCGUACGACCCGAUAUCGUGGCUGGCGACUCUGCAAUGCUCCCGCCGGAGUUUCUAACUGAGACGAAGGAUAGGAGCAUUAUGGUAAGUUGGUGCCCUCAGGAACAAGUGUUGAGUCACCCUGCAGUUGGAGGGUUUCUGACGCACAACGGCUGGAAUUCGACGUUGGAGAGUAUAGUGGGUGGGGUCCCUGUGGUGUGCUGGCCGUUUUUUGCCGAGCAACAGACGAACUGUCGGUUUAGCAGCGUGGAGUGGGGAAUCGGAAUGGAGAUUGAUAACGAUGUGAAGAGGGAUGAGGUGGAGGUUUUGGUGAGGGAAAUGAUGGGGGGUGAGAAGGGGGAGAAGAUGAAGGAGAAGGCCUUGGAAUGGAAGAAGUUGGCGGAGGAGGCGGCUAUGGUUGGGGGCUCUUCCUACUUGAAUUUGGACAAGUUGAUCAAGGAGGUGCUUUUGAAGUAA